CAGCUCAGGCAGUUAAUGCAUGCUCCAUGGCGUCUGCAGAUUAGGCGCUGUUUGCAUGCUAACGCAACUGCAGAUCAGACCGAGAAUGACUCGACUCUUUUCUUACAGAGAAAGUCUAAAAAAUCAAGAUCCAAGCCCACGUCCAAUUACUCAGCCACGCGCCGGCUGAUGCUGAAGACGAAACUUCUGAGGAAGGCAGAGAGUUUACUGGAUAAAGAGCAAGAUCAGAAGAGAAUAGAGCGAGAGAACGUUCUGAACGAGAGAGCGCCUCCUCUCAAACUCUCUGGCCUCUCAGUACAGGAGCUGCAGGAACUUUGCAAGGAUUUACAUCACAAGAUUGAUAUAGUGGAUGAAGCGAGAUAUGACCUUUUACUCAAAGUGGGCAGAAACGAUUCAGAGAUCCAGUCACUGCACCAGAAAAUCUACGAGCUGAAGGGUAAAAUGAAGAGACCCAAGCUGAAGAGAGUGAAGAAGUCAGCAGACGACAUGUUGGGAGCGCUGACGGACAACAAGCUCAUGAAGGCUGACUUCAAAGCCAACCUGAAGACAGUGAAAAAGGAAGAAGAAAAGAAAGAGGAGGUGACAGACUGGAGGAAGAACGUGGAAGCUAUGUCUGGGAUGGAGGGCAGAAAGAAGAUAUUUAAUGCUGGCCAGUGAAGCAUUGGCAAAUUAUUUUUAUCUCUUUUUUAAAAAAAAAACAUUUUUUUGAGCAAAGACACAGUUCUGCAAAACAUGGGCCUAGUUGUUUAAAGGUAAAGAUGGGUAUCUGCAUAUGAAGGCACAUAUUCUGGGGCAGUUUUGUGCGUUUGGGUUUAUUUUUGUGUGACUGUUUGAAAUUUCGAAAAACAUUAACAGAUCAGCCAUUUGUCUACAAUAAUAAAGCAUAACAUUGUGACCACUUCCUUUUUUCUACAUCAAUUAUCAUUUUUUAAAUACUAUUUUUUAUACUUAGCUCCACUGAGCAUAUAAGGUAUAAGGCCACCUUUAUAGUUCUAUAAUUACACUUUAUUUAUUAUAUAUUCACUGUUGUGAGGGGAAAUAGUGUUUAAAAUCUCCAGCAGCACUGCUGUGUCUGAUCCAAAUCACUCAGGGUUCCUAGCUCUGUCAGGUGGCAUUAGCCGCUAACCGUUAGCGGUCAGCCGUAUGAAAAUA